GUCGAGGAGACUAACGGAUUCGGCCGAUUCGUGCUGGGCUCCGUCAAAUUUUUGCACCCAUAAAAAAGUUUCUUUUUUUAGAGUUUUCCCUUGUCAGUUUUGGCAAUUUUGGCGAGAAAUUUUGGAGUUCUUUCAAGUAGAGAUACAAGAGAGAUGGCUCCGUUGAACCACCAGCAGAUUCUCAUGAAGAAGGCUCUGGCGAAGAAGCCCAAGACCAAGAGGAUCUCGGGUUUUGGCCUUAAACCCUCUGCGAGUCUCUUGAAGGCCAAGCAGCAGCCUCCGGCGAUGGUGCAGCCGAGGCGCCGCGUCCGUGUCCUGUUUGAGGACCCCGAUGCGACGGACUCGGACUCUGACGAGGAGGAGGCCGGCGCCACAACGGACGCUGCUAAGUCCAAGCGCUUCUCCUUCGAACUGUUCGUCGGGAAGGCCCCGGCAAAGCCGGUCGUCCCGGCGGCAACCGUGGCUGCAUACACCAACGGUGGGACGCCGGAGAGCUACCGCGGGGUGAGGCUCCGCAAGUGGGGCAAGUGGGCGGCGGAGAUCCGCAACCCCUUUACCGGCAAAAGGCAGUGGCUUGGCACCUUUGACACCGCCUCUGCGGCCUCCGCCGCCUAUCUGUCUACCUCCCGGAGCUUCGCCGAGGAGAAACGUCGCCGCCGCGGGCAACCUGUGGCCGCUUCUUCACCUGCUGCUUCUGCCACCACCACCCCGACGGCCUCCUCUUCGUCGUCCAUUUCGGCUGCUCCGUUCGCCCACUCCUCGCCGUCCUCCGUCCUUGAAGCCACCAAGCCAGCGCCGAAACCCCAGUCGCCAGAGCCGGCUCCAGCUCCCAUCCCGCCGUCCACUGAUGCCGCGCAGCUGCCGGACGACCCAGAGUUCUACCAGGAUCUUCUACGCGGGCUACAGCUGCCGGACAUCGACCCGAUGGACUUCCGUGCUGGGCUGGACGCCUUGGGUGUUUCCGAGGUGCCGUUUUGCUUGGAUGACGAACAGGACAUGCUGCUUGGAGACUUCGGGGACGAAGAGCUGGAGCUUGAUCUUGACCUCGACGACAUCGACGACGUCUUCCCGGAGAUGCCCGGCUGCGACCUUGGCUGUGGCAUGGACGACUUCCUGCAAACCGUUGAUUUCUGCGUGUGAAUUAAGUGCUUUAAUGUUAUCGUUGUUGGUGUGUUGGGCCUGUGAGUGUGCUUGGUAGAAGAUUUCUUGGGUUUUUUCCCCGGGCAAUCCAAAUAUGCUCGUGCCCAUGAGAUUUCUUUCCCAAAACAAAGCACAUUAGCGUUUGGAGAGGUAAUUUUGGUAGGUUACAUUAAGCUAAGUUAUAGCUGGUAUGAUACUAUGUUUUUACUGUUAUUUGGUAUGCUUGCAAAGGCAUUAUAGUGGACAAGUCAUUGAGCUGUUACUAUCAAGUUAUGGAAAGAAAAUAAGUUUUGCAUU